UACAGGCUGACCAGAAAGACUGGAAUUUCAGCUUCCCCCUCCCCAUUUCCUUGGAUUUCUUCUCCCCCCACUCCAGCUGCAACUCUUUUAAACAAGGCAUUAUUGGGUCAGUGCCUCAUUUUACCCUUCCCAAGCUAGUGGCGUCUUUGGCUAGAGCAAGAAAAGGACAUGGCUACCUAUUUUGGAAAAAUACGUUCACCAUUCUGACGGUUGGAAUUGAUCCAUAUAUUUAUUAACCUGAGGAUACUGUCAAAGAUCUCCUGGUUUUGUUAUGCAGGACAUAUCCCUAAUUAAAAAAAAAACCAUACCAGACGCUGUAACCUGGAACCAUUGACUAAGUGUUGAAAUUUUUAUGUUGUUUAGUUUUUGGAAAGGAUUAAGAAAACACCUCAUUGCACAAGGUGCUUUUUCUUUGGAAACACUAUGGAAAACAUUUGGGUUCUGUUGCUCUUUGCACUGAAUCUGACAACCACCUGCUCCACCUUUGUCAGCAUCAACCAGGGACUAAAAGUGAUGAGAGGUCAAUCUGUCUUCCUGUCACAAAAUGAGUUGCAGUUUUCCAUCCCCAGAGAGAAAGAUACGUGCAAAAUAGAAGUGGUAAUGAAUGAGCCAAUCUCCCAGAGAGUUGGGAAGCUGACUCCACAGGUGUUUGAUUGCCAUUUUCUUCCCAAUGAAGUCAAGUACACUCACAACGGAUGCCCAAUUCUUGAUGAAGACUUUGUCAUGCUAAGGCUAUAUAGAUUUACAGAAACUGACACUUUCACAGAAACAGUCACUCUUCUUGUAAAGAUAUUUGAACCAGAUUGCAAUAUUAUCAAGAUGAGCUCCAGUGGUUUGGAGGUCCCUGAAUUUCAUGGCCUGUCUAACAUAAUUAACAAGAACAUAAUCACUUUGGACUACAACAGGAAGAUAAACUUGGAAUGCACUAUAAGCUUGAAGUCUUUAGAGACAUUUCUGCCAGCUCACGGGCAACUUGUUAUUGGAGAAAACAAAGAAGAAUUACCUAGAGGAGAUCAGCCACAGAGUUCCUUCCAUACAAUCAACCUGAAGACUGUUCAGAAUAUCAGAGUGAGCUGUGAUGAGUUUCUUCUGAUGGGAAUUAGGUACCAACAUUUGGACCCUCCUUCACCUAAUAUUGAUUACAUUCCCAUCAGGCUGGAUCUCACUGAUACCAGAAGCAAGAUUUUGUAUAAGUCUGAGUAUGCUUGGAUUCCUGUUCAGAUCAAAAAUGCAGUUUCUAACCAGCCCCCGCAACCUGCCUUCAUGGCCAUGCUCAUCUUAGAAGCAGACCAAUUCAUCCUGACUCCCCUAUCCACGGCCAUAUUGGAUGCUGAAGACAGUGAAACACCCAAAUCUUUGCUAGUCUUUAAUAUCACCCAGCCACCCCAUGAAGGCUUCAUUACACACCUGCAAGACCACACUAAAUCUGUCUCAUCCUUCACCUGGACCAGCCUGAAUAACAUGCUGAUUGCAUAUCAACCUCCAAACAGCAGCCAUACAGAGAGAAGAAACUAUGAGGUGGAAUUUGAAGUUUAUGAUUUGUAUUUUGAAAGAAGUGUGCCAAUUACUCUUUAUAUCUCUGUGAGAACGGCAGACACAAAUGCACCAAGGGUUUCAUGGAACAUGGGUCUUGAUCUCCUGGAAGGUCAGUCUCGCCCCAUAACAUGGGAGCAGCUUCAGAUUGUAGACAACGAUGAUAUCAGCGGAGUUCGCUUGGUCCCUGUGGAUGGGUUACAACAUGGGCAGCUUACUGUAAGAGGGAGGAAAGGAUUCAUGUUCAAUGUCUUGGAUCUUAAGACUGGAGUUGUUCGUUACCAUCAUGAUGACAGCGAUUCCACCAAAGACUCCAUUGUCUUUAGGAUCUUUGAUGGCCACCACAGUAGCCGCCACAGGUUUCCAAUCAAUAUUCUGCCCAAAGAUGACAGCCCCCCUUUUCUCAUUAGUAAUGUUGAAAUAGAGCUCCAUGAAGGCGAAACGAUCCUGAUCCAAAGCUCAAUGCUUCAAGCAUCAGAUAUGGACUCUAGCGAUGACUACAUACUCUUCAAUAUCACCAGAUCACCGGAAGCAGGAGAAAUAAUGAAAAAACCUAAAACAGAUUUUAUUGGUUAUCCAGUUACUAAAUUCCUUCAAAAAGACCUGUUUAAUGGGAUAAUUUACUACCAUCACUUAGGAGGAGAAAUAUUUGAAGAUUCAGUUGAGUUGGUUCUGUGUGAUAGUCAUGAUCCUCCCAAUCUUUCAGAAAUUCAGGUAAUAAGAAUACGCAUAAUUCCUGUGAAUGAUCAGCUGCCAAAAGAAUUUCCAGGAACAAACCGUCAUCUGAUCAUCAAGGAAACAGAGAUUGCUUAUUUAACAAAGACACACCUUCAUUACAUAAAUACGGAAACCCAGGACAGUGAACUAAUAUAUGUCAUAACAUCUCCCCCAUUCUUCUCCUUUGCACAUUACCACACAGAUGCUGGAAAAUUAUUCAUGGUAGAGAGUAUUCCUAAGCUUAUCAAGGAUCCUUCUAUUCCAUCACUAAGAUCAUUCACUCAGCACGCCAUAAACCACAUGAAAAUUGCCUAUGUGCCACCCAUGGAAGAUAUUGGUCCUGAACUUCAACACAUCCAGUUCACAUUUUCCAUCAGCAAUCAACAUGGGGGAACUUUGUAUGGCAACUGUUUUAACAUUACUGUUCUUCCAGUGGACAAUCAGUCUCCAGAGGUGCUUACACACAACUUGAAAGUGGAAGAAGGGGGCCAGAGCACCAUUACCAAAGGCCAUAUUUUGAUUUCAGAUGUGGACACCAAACUGGAAAACAUACGUAUACAUCUCCUUAAGCUUCCUCUUCAUGGGACUGUUGAAUUAAAUGAGAAUCCUAUGAAUCAAAGAGAUUGGCUGACAUGUGAAGAUUUACAGAUGUCCAAAGUCAGGUACCAUCAUAAUGGUUCAGAGUUUCCACAGGAUCAUAUUCUUUUUGAGGCUACAGAUGGCAUCAAUUCCUUUGAAUUCAUCCUCCAUGUGAAGGUAAUUUCUGUAAAUGAUGAGCCCCCGGUGAUGAAUGCUGACCUCAUUCCCUUCAUGCAGUGUCCAGAAGGACAGGCAGUGCCCAUCACUUCAGAGCACCUCUAUGCAACUGAUAAAGAUAGUGAAGACAUGCAUCUGAUGUUCAUGGUUGCGCGACCUUCUAAGUAUGGGGUUGUGAAGAGAGGCGGACUGGUGAUAGAUCGCUUCCUCCAAGCUGAUGUUGUUUCUGGAACAGUGACAUAUGAACAUACAAGUGGCGAGAUUGGCCUAGCUCUUAUCUUUGAUGUUCUUACCUUUAUUGUGUUGGAUGAUGAAAUUGAUCCUGAUGUAAAGGCCUGUUGUGACGAUAAAGCUUCGUUUUUUCCUCUUCCAUAUCAUAAAUCCUUUCCAGUAUAUGAUAUUAAUAUCACAAUAUUUCCAGUUGACAACCAGCCACCAUCCAUUGCCACCGGACUUGUGUUUGCUGUGCAGGAAGGUGCCUCAGCCGCUAUCACAAGCGAACACUUGUAUGCCACUGAUCUUGACACCAAUGCAGAUGACUUACAGUUUGUUUUAACAUCCCCUCCCCAGUUUGGGUACAUAGAAAAUAUAUUACCAUCGCCUGGUUUUGAGAAAAGUAAUGCAGGGAUAAGUAUAGCUUCAUUUCACAUGGAAAAUGUGAGGAAGAUGCAUAUUAACUAUGUUCAGACCAGGCACAAGAGAAUUGAACCAACUACAGACCAAUUUAUGCUAUACGUCACUGAUGGGAAGCAUCGUUCAGUGGAGGCACCCUUUUAUGUCUUAAUUAACCCAACCAAUGAUGAAGAACCAGAAUUCAUGGCAAGGAAUUUUACAGUGCAAGAGGGACAGAUGAAGGAGUUGGAUCCAUCAAUAAUCAAUGCUGUUGAUUUGGAUGUACCAGAAGAUAUCCUCAUGUUUACUGUCCUUCAACAGCCCCACCAUGGGUUUCUUGUUAAGGGAGUUUAUGGCAACAAUAUUUUCCAUUAUAGGCAGGCAAUUAUUGGUCAACACUAUCAUGAAAUUCAGGUGGAUAGUUUCUCCAUAGAGAUUUUAAAAAAUGGAUUGAAGCUUGUGUAUCUACAUGAUGACUCUGACAGCUUAGCUGAUGACUUUUCAAUCCAGCUGUCGGAUGGGAAACAUAAAGUGUCAAAAGCCAUUUCAGUUAAGGUUAUCCCAGUUAAUGAUGAGAAACCGGUGCUCCGCAGAAAGGGUAAGAUAGAGGUGAAUAUGGGGGAAGCACAGAUAAUAUCUAGUGCUGUUUUGUCAGCUGAAGAUAAAGAUACUCCUCGGGAACAAAUUUAUUAUCUAUUUGAGAGAGUUCCAGAAAAUGGACAUCUUCAGCUCAAGGUAGGUCAUGAUUGGGUGACAUUGUACAAAGGAAUGAAUUGCACCCAGGAGAAUAUAGACGUGAAUGCUGUGAGGUAUAUACACACUGGAACUCUUGGAUCAAACAAUGAAGACAGCUUCUCCUUUCAUCUUUGGGAUGGAAGCAACAGAUCUCCAGAAAUGGUUUUUCCUGUUGCUAUUAAGGGUGUGGAAAAGGGAAACAUUGCAAUGUUUAUGAGACCUCUCACUGUGUUGAUGGGUGACAAAGGUCUCCUGAUGACUGAUGUCCUCCUUGCGGUUGAUGGUACCAAGAAGCCAGAGGAGCUACACUAUGUGAUUACUUCUCCACCACAGUAUGGACAGAUAGAAUAUGUCAGCUAUCCUGGAAUCCCCAUUACAAGUUUCAGCCAAAUGGAUAUAGCAGGGCAGAAAGUCUGCUAUGUCCACAGUAAUAAAGCAUCUUCCUCUAAAGAUGCAUUCAGAUUCAUCAUCAGCAAUGGGCUAAGAACUAAACAUGGAGAAUUUGAGAUCAUCUUGGAGACAGUGGAUCAAGCUUUACCCAGCGUGGUCAAGAACAAGGGCCUGAGACUGUUUGAAGGCAGCACGGCAGUUCUUUCUCCAGAUAUUCUCCAACUUUCAGACCCAGAUACACCACCACAAAAUCUUUCUUUUCUCCUAACACAGUUCCCACAAUACGGUCAACUCUAUAACAGGGAAACUGGAUUAUGGCAGCAAAACUUCAGCCAACAAGAUGUGGACAAUCUGAAUGUAGCCUACAGACAUGGAGGAGGUGGUUCUCAGAUGGACAGGUUUUCAUUUAUGGCAACAGAUGGAGUAAAUCAAGGAUUUCUUGUAAACAACAAGCUGCAAGUAGACCCCUUACCAUUUAUUAUUCAGGUGGAUAGUCCAGCAAACACAGCCCCAGAAAUUAUUCAUCUUCAUGCAGUUUCAGAUGUGGAACUUUUGCACAAUGGCAACUAUGGAAUUUACAUUACAACGCGGUCCUUGAAAGCAUCAGAUUGUGAUACUGAAGAUGAUCAAAUUGUUUUUAAAAUUGUACGAGGACCUCAGUAUGGUUACUUGCAAAAUAUAACAACAGGAGAAAUUAUUCAAGAACAAUUCAACCAGAAAGAUUUAAAUAGCAAAAUAAUAUUUUAUGUCAUUGAUCCUUACUGGGAGGAGAAUUCAGAUGAUCUGGAAUUUCAGGUUACGGAUCCUGAAGGACAUACUGCCCUCCCCCAAAUGUUAGAACUAAAAUGGUCUAAAAUUGAACUGCAGCAAGAUGCGUAUGAAAUGUGUGAAAACGAGGAGGUGCUAUCUUUAAAAAUCACCCGAUCAGGAUACAAGGGAGAUUCUGCUUUUGUGGCAAUGAAGGUUAAUGAAAUGACUGCUUUAUCAGGAAAGGAUUUCAUCCUUCCUCCUUCCAGACUUAUUCAGUUUGAUCCAGGAAUGUCAACCAAGAUGUGGAAUAUAGCAAUUACCUAUGAUGGAUUAGAGGAAGAGGAUGAGGUCUUUGAAGUGGCUCUGAUCUCCCCUGUGAAUGCUGUUCUUGGCACUCGGACAAAAGCUAUAGUGAGAAUUUUGGACUCGGAAGGAGGUCAGUGCAAUUCAUUCCGUUCCACAAGCCAAAAUAUUCAGAACUUAUGGAUGAAAGAAAGACCACUUCCAGGUUCUCCUUCAUCUUCCAAACACAGCAGUGUUAAUUUGGAAGGAAUCCUGCUGCCCCAUUCCAAAGAGAUGAUAGCACAGAGACCGGAUAAGCCAUCCAAAUUCAGCUCAGUGAAUCUUGCAAGGAACCAGCUACGGGUCAUCGGAAAUGGCAAAAUAAUUCAUCCCUCUUUUAUUUUUCGAAAUGGCACAGAUGAGUUUUUCAAAUACCAUGGGAUGACAGGGUUAAAAGUAGAUAAGGACAAUUCUUUGCCUAGAAAAACCAAGAUGGGACCUGUAUCUUUAAGAAGCCAAAAAAACCCAAGAAAAAAUGUAGCUUCCACCAAGAAAAUGGAAGUUCUUCAAGCAGACUCCAGCAUUCUGGUUGACAGCCUUUCAUUUCCAAAUAGAUGCACACCAAAUUUGAAGGGUUUCUUGUAUUUUGAAGAAAACAUACAGAAGAUGUUUCUGUGCAAUGGUACUGCCUGGACAUUAUGGAACUACACAGACAAGGAUAUUAAAAUGAAAACUUGUCAGUCAGGAUGGACCUAUCAUGAUGGAAGAUGCUAUAUCCUAAUCAUUGAGCCAAAAACCACAUGGGCGAUUGCUGCCCAAGCUUGCAAGACACGGUUCCAUGGCCAUUUAGUAAACGUGGCUUCCAAAUCACACAUGCGCUGGCUCUGGAACUUCAGUGGAAAAAGGCCUUUUUGGAUAGGUUUGAAUGAUCAGCGAAACCCAGGUCAGCUAGAAUGGAGCAACAGGGAACGUGUUGUUUUCACAAACUGGAGAAGAGGCCCACCUCAUCUUUCAAAGCAAAGGAGGAACUGCAUUUUAGCACAACAGCAAGGAAAAUGGCAAAGAAAAGACUGCAGGAAGGGCAAAGCUUACAGUUAUAUAUGUUCCACAAAGCUGUAAACAAAA